AUGACAGCAAUGAAUAUUGUUUUUUUAAUAUUUCUGUGUGUAGCCGUCGAAGGCGGCGUAAUUGUGGAGACAAAUAGUGGUAAAGUAGAAGGUUUAGAAGUGAAAUCUAUAAUUAAAGAUGAGAAAUUUUACUCAUUUCUCAGUAUACCAUACGGUAAAGCACCGAUUGGUGCGCUAAGGUUCAAGGCACCUCAACCUCAUGAAGGCUGGACCGAUGUUUUAAAUGCCAAGAAGGAAAGGAAACAAUGCGCUCAAUAUUACGUUCCAAUGAGACCCGUUGAUGAGGUUGGUUUUUGCGGCUCAGAAGAUUGCCUUCACUUGAACAUCCACACUCCAAAACUUCCAAACAAUAACGAACCGAAUCUACCAGUCAUAGUUUUCCUUUACAAUGAAUAUUUCAGAAUAACAUAUAACGCCUCAAAAGAAUAUGGCCCUGAUUUCUUUAUGAAAGAAGAUGUUAUUCUUGUCACCAUAAGUCACAGAGUAGGAACAUUUGGGUUCGUAUCAUUUGGUGACGAUCUGCUGCCGGGUAAUUCCGGGGUAAAAGAUGUCAUAUUAGCAUUGAAAUGGAUACAAUCGAAUAUUAACAAAUUCGGAGGAAACCCUUUCAAAAUAACUUUAAUGGGCCAAGAUGGAGGUGCCGCUAUGGUGGACAUUCUGCUACACUCACCUAAAGCUAAAGGUUUAUUCAGCGGUGCGAUUUUGCAAAGUGGCACGGCAUAUAGUUCCAUGUUUUUCAAUACGAAACCGAAAGAUAGAGCUUUAGCCAUUGCUGAAGUUCUUGAGAGGAAAUUGAGUAACAGCGCCCAAUUUAUUAGCGAGUUGGGCUCUAUAGCUGCUCCGAAAAUAAGCGAAUCGGAACUGAUGGCUAUUCACGCUGACGAUUCGCGGAAAUAUCAAGUUCCCAUUCUCGCAAACGGUCCUGUUGUUGAACACGACCAUCCGGACGCGGUCAUUACUAAGCGUCCUGAAGACAGCUUUCUUGAUGUCGAAAUCCCCAUCAUGAUUGGAUACAACACCCGAGAAAGUAUUGAAAUGAUGGAACGCUAUUUACGGAAACCACAGUAUUUGACGUUUGCUGAUCGCGAUUUCCUGAUGAUGUUUCCAAUUCGAGUGGAUUAUCAUUUCGAGCUUAAUACAAAUGUAUAUUACGAAGCUAUUCAACAGAUCAAAGACUUCUAUUUAGAAGAGGGCUACGUCAAAAUCAGUAAGCCCGGUGAAUUUAUGACCUACAUGACGGAUAUAAACACUUUUUACUCUGUCGAUUACGCUGUCAGGAGAUAUUUGAAUGAAAGUUCUGCUCAAAUCUAUUAUUAUGCAUUUGACUACAGCGGCGACUUGAAUAUGAGGAAACAGAAUAUAUUAAAAGACGCAAUGAUAUUGGAAGGCACAUGGGGUGCGUCGAUUGGUGAUGAACUUUGUUAUCUAUUUGUAUGCAAACCUAUUAUUAAAACUUACUUGAAGGCGUUGGCUGAAGAAGAUUCAGAAGAAAUUAAAGUAUUAAAAUCUAUGGUACGCAUGUGGACAAAUUUCGCUAAAACUGGGAACCCAACUCCAUCUGGUGAGCCGUUUCAAUGGAAACCUGCUGCUAAAGACACCAAGGACUGUUUGAUGAUUAGUGAUGAACUGGAGAUGAAGACCAACUUGCACGAGGAUAGAAUAAAGUUCUGGGAUGAUUUUAUUGAAAAAUACAGACAGAUAGCUGUAGAUGGUGUCGUCAAAGGAACCAAAGAUGAACUUUAG